AUGGAGAGAGGAGAUGGUGGUUGUGGUGGCGGUUUGUCACAUGCAUCGCACGACAGUCAUGGAUCCAGUGUUUCGAUACGAAGGAGGAAGGUGAAUACUCAUGAUGGAUCAUGUUUCUGUGGGCUGAAGACUGUGAUUAAGAAAUCUGGGACAGCAGAGAAUCCGAAUAGAUUGUUCCAUGCAUGUCCAAGGUACAAGAAGGGCAGUCACUGCAAUUAUUUUAAGUGGGUUGAUGAUGAUGAAUUUGAAGUAGUGAGUGUGUGUAGUACAAAGAAAGACGCAGGAGCUGAUAUGGAGGUUGAAGGUGAGAAUGAUGAAUGGAGGGUGAAAGUGGCAUGGAAGUUGGGCACUUUGGAAGCUGAAGUUAUAGCUUUGAAACUGCUAAUGAUUUUGUUGUUUGUAGUAGUUGUGAUACUUUGUUGUUUCUUAUGUACUUCUAAAUGA